AACAUAAACUUCUCUCGGAGCAACACAAGUACUAAAAGCAAAUUGAGGAGAUAACCAAUCAGGUUCUCGAGAAUGGAAUCCAAGAAAACAGCUUCAUUAACCCUUCUUCUGGCCCUCAACCUUGUCUUCUUUGCCGUGGUCAGUGCCACUGGCGUUACUCCUAUACCAGGUUCCACGGCUUCGACUUAUUAUCCUGUAAGUAAAUGUGAUCCAUUGAAGUUAGGAAUCUGUGCCAAUGUGCUUAACUUGGUUGAUGUUGUUGUCGGAUCCCCUCCAACAUUGCCAUGCUGCAGUCUCAUUGAAGGCCUUGUUGAUCUUGAGGCUGCUCUGUGUCUAUGUACUGCCAUUAAAGCCAACAUUCUCGGAAUCAAAUUGAAUGUUCCUAUUGCACUCAGCUUGGUUCUUAAUAACUGCGGCAAGGAACUCCCAUCUGGUUUUGAGUGUUACUAGAAUAUCAUCUUCAUGGGGGUCGUUGCUCGAUAUUUGCACCUUCAAUUUGGUUCACUAAAGUUUGAUUAUCUUAAAUGUUAGUAUGUAUUGACGGUAUCUGAUCUUUAAUUCCCUUUGUUUGAAUGUUAUGUUUUUAACGUUAUGAACAUAAGUCAACUUAUUUCUGUUUCUGUUCCUCCUGACAUUGUAUCUUCAAUAUUUUCUAUCUAACGGAAAAUCUUCC